CCGCACAUGCUUCAGUAAACUUCAAUUUUCCUCUUUUUUUUUUUGUCUCCGAUUUUCUCUCUCCAUCGUCUCAGAUUUCAGCUCUUGGAGCGGUUUCGUCCUUCGGUCAGUUAUGACUAACGAAAACGAUUCUGGUGCAAGUGGAAGUUGAGUACGGUUCUUGUGCUUUUGGUCUCCCCUCGGCUGGGAUUUGGAGGGAUCUGUCGACAGAGCUCCACAAUCUCUGUAGUCUGAUGCCAUCAUAAACCCAAACCCUUUGCAACUUUCUACAUUUUGCUCAAUUUUAAUGGCAUCAACUAGCAAAAUGCCUAGCACUUCUGAGGAUGAUCUAGAAGAGGAGUUAACGAGCAACAUUAUGAAACAUUACUGUCUAAGAACUCGCAAAUUGAAAUAAGAGGGGAGAAAUUAAUUUGAACAUUUUGAUGAUUUCACCCUUGCCUCUUCUUGGGAAAGGUUCAUUUCUGAGAUAGAGGCAGUAUGCAGGAAAUGGUUGGCUGAUGGCACGAAGAAUUUGUUGAAAAAGGACGCUAUCUGCUUGAAUAUCUCUGAGGGCCUAUAUAAGGUCAAAGCUGACCUGAAGUACGAGAUGAAAAGCUAUUGCAUGGAGUACUAUUUUGGAACACUUAAUGAUGGAAAAGGAAAGGACUGGAGUUGUGUACUGCAUGAUCUGCAGCUGUUUUUUGGGGUGAAUGAGUUCCUGGUAUCUCUAUCACUUAUAAAAAAAAAGUUCCUGGUGAUUGCUCCUCAAAGUGCCAGUGGUGUGGUUCUUGAUGGACCAGAGGCCAGCAAACUUCUAAGUGCAGUUGCUAUUGCCUUGUCGAACUGUUCCAGUUUGUGGCCAGCAUUCGUUCCGGUGCAUGAUCCUUCUCGUAAAGCUUACAUUGGUAUUCAGAAUAUGGGAACCCUUUUCACCCGGCGAUUUGAGGCUGACCGUAUAGGUAGCCAAGUGCCGGUGAAGCUUAUGCAUUUGGAGGGAUUGUAUGAGCUAUUUGUUUCUAAAUUUGCCUUCUCCAAUGAGGACUUAUCUACGCAUCUUUUCGAAGUGAGUUUCAAGAUGAAGCUAACCUAUUGUACACUUCCCUACGAUGAGGAUGAUGAUGAUGAUGUACAAGAACCUGAGGCAGGGAGUACAGAAUCUGGUGGGAGUCCCAAAAGCAAUCAUCACAAUAAGUCACAGUGGGAUGAUGAUUGUCCUUGGAGUGAAUGGUACUCGUCAGAGGACCCAGUAAGAGGGUUUGAGUUGAUUGCGGUGUGGUCUGAGAAAGCAUUUGAAAGUUCACUUGAUAUGGCUGAGUUGGAAAAUGCUUCACCUCUUGAAGCUGAUGACUGGUUGAUAUUUCCAUGUUUGUCUGAGACUCUCACUGAGGAUUCUGAUGGAAAGAGGAUUGGAUUUGCAUCACAGUUGCGGCUUCUUGUUGAUGCUCUGGAAAUGUCAAUGGAAGCAAAGUUUAUAGAAGAUUUUGUUUCAGAGCAUUCAGGACCUGAGACUUUGAAGUCUAGUGCAGUCAUACCUCCUCCAACUGUCCUUGAUCGUGUGCUCAAAGACCUUUUUCAUGAGGUUGAAGGCCUGCAACUUGGUUUUUCUGAUGGAGAUCAUAAAAAUUCCCGCACCAUUAAAGGUGCCCCUCUUGAGUCACUGUUUGGGCAGUUCUGUCUGCAUGCUCUGUGGUUUGGUGAUUGCAAUAUACGUGCUAUUGCUGUAUUCUGGAUAGAGUUCGUACGGGAAGUUCGCUGGUGUUGGGAAGAGUCACAGCCAGUACCUAGAAUGCCAUCUAAUUGUGUAAUUGAUCUAUCUACCUGCCUGAUUAACCAGAAACUACACAUGCUUUCAAUUUGCAUUAAUAAAAAGCGUCAGCAGGAACAAGAGAGUCCAAAGUGUGGUGAACAAAAAAAAUUUCCUUCUCAUGUUAAGGAAGAGACUCAGGUCAAACGUUGUUUAUCUCCUCGUGAUGGAAAAACUCAGACUUCUUCUGGAGAACGUGAAAGUCUAUCAAGACCAGAUGUUGUAAAAGAUUCUGUGGGUCAUAUUUCUAAUUCUGGACAUUCUGAUACUGUGAAAUUGGGUGAUGCUAAGCAUUCAGCAUGUAUUAGGAGGGGAUCAGCUGGUGUUGUGGGUUCUAUGAUGCUUUUGAAAUCUCAACAGAACAUGCAUGCUCCAUUUACACAGGAGCCGCCGGUUAUGACCGAAGAUAUGCAUGAAGAACGUCUACAAGCUGUUGAAGCAUUAGGUGAUUCUUUUAGCUUUUCGGCUCAACUGGAGAAAGACAUUUUAUCAUCAGGUACUGACUUCUGUGCUUAUUUUCUUAAAGGCCUUCCUUGCUGUUCUGUCUUGCAUCAUGUCCAUGUUCAUGUAGUGGUAUUUUCUCAGUGGUCGUUAAAGUGAAAUUUCAUUUUACCA